AUGAUUCCUCAUAGAUCACAUUGGCUAACAAAGUUUGCACUUUCUGGAACAGAAGAAGUCUGUGAAACCUUAAGAGAAAUCGAACUAUUAAAUCCUAUUCUUAAAAUUGCAGAUUAUCACUUAGAAGCUGGCAGGUUUUCACUACUCCCUCUUUCAAGAAUUAUUAAAGACUUUAGAAACUACUCUAACACUCCAGUAGAAAUUUUCAGAGCGGACAUUCCUUCAUAUAACUAUUCUGAAAUGAUUAAAUACCACGAAUCUGAGCCAGAAAGUUUUGCAAAGCUCUCAAACGUGUUUACAUACUUCAGUCCAGGGAAUCAUAUGAAACAGAUUUAUCCAAAUAACUCAAUUUCUCUUCAAUAUAUUUCCCACCUUUUAAGCGCUUUUCCUUCAAAGCAGCCUGCUCCUGACCAUAUAUUUCCUUCACUUUCAUCUGAUGAGACUAUAAAAGAGCAAAGAAUUCAGGGAGCUCUAAAAGAGUUGCAAAACUGCUUAACAAUUAAGCACGCUGAAUUAAUUCCCGGAGGAAGGAUUUAUUUUGAUGUCAUGGGAACUCUGCCUCAAAACAAUAUCUUUGAUAUAAUAAAUAAAGUUGCGAAAAACGUUAUUUCGAAUAAUAUCGCUCCACCAGAGUUUGCAAAUAUUUCAAUCGGAACUCAUUUCAGGACAAGAGCUGAAGUCGAGAAUGCAAUAAAUGGGGUGCAGCAUCUAUAUAGGCAGGUCAGCUAUAAAGAAGUUUUUGUGAAAAUGCCACAUUUAGAAGACUUCGAAAACGAUGGGGAUAUUGAUAAAUACGCAGAAGGGGUUGUGCUGUUUUGGAAGAAAAUUUUUGAGAUAUAUUGCGGCAUGCAUUUAGGUGCAAAGUAUCCAAAAGAAGAAAUCCAAAAUUUAAUAAAUCAGAUACUCAGCAUGAUAAGAGCAGAAGUUGUUGAAAAUAAGCCUAUAGCAGCUUCCUAUUCUCAUCACAUUAUAUUAGAAAAAAUUAGAGAGGCUUAA